UCAUGCACGAAUCCUUUCUGAUGUUGCUGAGCCUCAGCCCGGUUUAGGAAUUUCGCUUGAAUAUAUGUUUUAGAAAUCUAAUUUUCCUUUGAUCGACUGGCUUGGAAUAAAAUGCGCUUGUGUGAAAUGUUAACUCCAGAGGAUGUCCUUUUAUCUUAAGUACGCGGAUUCCGAGUAACUGACUGCAAUUUGCGAAUGCAAGGAAAGAAAAGGUUUUGGCGAUCUAAGAUGAAAUUUCCAAUAGAAUCAUCAAGAAAACACACUAGCUGUGACCCUCCAGUCGCUGUCCAAUCCACAGUGCAAGCCUGUGAUCCAAAGACCAACGGGCACUACCCGGUGCCCAGGCUGUCCAUAUCCUCCAGGACCACGGUGGUAGCCAGCAUGGACAGUGGCCCUCACACAUCGCCCACAGUCAUGAAGUGGAAAACGGUGCUGGCUAUCUUCGUGGUCGUUGUCCUUUACCUGGUGAUCGGAGGCACCGUGUUCCGAGCUCUGGAAAAACCUUUCGAAAGCAAACAGAAGCAUAAGAUCACGACAGAGAAAUCCAGUUUCCUUCGAAAUCACCCCUGUGUGAACCCCGGAGAACUUGAUGCACUCAUUGAGCAUGCAAUUGAGGCUCUUGGUGCUGGAGUGAAUCCUGUAGAUAAUUCAGCUAAUAAUACAAGCCACUGGGAACUUGGUAGUGCCUUUUUCUUUGCUGGGACUGUGAUAACCACCAUAGGUUAUGGGAAUAUUGCACCCAGUACUGAAGGAGGGAAAAUAUUCUGCAUCUUAUAUGCUUUAUUUGGAAUUCCUCUCUUCGGAUUUCUGUUAGCAGGGAUUGGGGAUCAAUUGGGCACAAUCUUUGGUAAAAGCAUUGCAAGAGUGGAGAAAGUAUUCAGAAAAAAGCAAGUGAGCCAAACAAAAAUCCGGGUGAUUUCCACAAUCCUUUUCAUUCUAGCAGGAUGCCUUGUUUUUGUGACUAUCCCAGCAAUUAUUUUCAAGCACAUUGAAGGUUGGACAACUCUGGACUCCAUCUAUUUUGUUGUUAUCUCCUUAACAACUGUAGGAUUUGGUGACUAUGUAGCAGAAAGAGGUCAAGGCCAGAACAUUGAAUGUAUUCAAGAAGGAAUUAAACAUAGCUCCGAGGGAUCGAAGGGUAUCAGAAGAAAGCAUGAACAAGGUGGAAACAUAGCUAUUCAUUAUCGGGAAUGGUAUAAACCAUUAGUCUGGUUCUGGAUUCUAGUGGGUCUGGCAUACUUUGCAGCUGUCCUCAGUAUGAUUGGAGAUUGGCUACGUGUGAUAUCCAAGAAAACAAAGGAAGAGGUUGGUGAAAUUAAGGCUCACGCUGCUGAAUGGAAAGCAAACGUGACGGCAGAAUUUAGGGAAACACGAAGGCGAUUAAGUGUUGAAAUUCAUGACAAACUUCAAAGGGCAGCAACUAUCCGAAACAUGGAGCGAAGACGGCUUGGUUUGGACCAACGAGCCCACUCCCUUGACAUGCUCUCCCCUGAGAAACGAUUAGCAUUUGCAGGUCUGGAGACAGGUCAGUUCAAGGCCUCCUCUCAGGAAAGUAUAAAUGGCAAUUCUAAUAAUCUACAGCAGAAAGAAACAAAGCAAUAUGACAAACACAUGCAAGGAGCUUCAGAGGACAACAUCAUCAAUAAAGUUGGAUCUUCAGCAAGAGGGCCCAAGAGAUUCAAAAGUAGAGAACUAAAGAAAGAGAUACCAGAGAAUAUUAGAAAAAUAUAUGAAACAUUUGGAAAUCACACAUUGGAUGAAGAGAAAAAGGAACAGGAAAAAGAGAAAGAAAACAAUACAAAUGUUCCAGCUAUAACAAGUUACGUCCAGCAUUCAGAAGCAGAAGAUGACAGAACAACCAAUGAAGCCAAAUAUCCAGAGAAUAGGAAAUUACUUGAAAAAAAGAUAUGAAAAUACUAUGGCGAACAAUAUAAAAAAGUUUGUUUGAAGAUUUUUUUUAUACUAUUGACAUGUGCCUUAUCAUUUUAAAAAUGUGGGAAAGCCAUUUUCACACAUGCAUGGUCUACACAAACCUUUAGAUUGAUUUGUUAUGCCACUGUGAUAUAGGGUUGAACUACCAAAUAUCAAACAUAGGCUUGAAUUAAUCUGAACUAUGGGAAUGUGUUUGAAGACUACAUUAGUACCAACCUGGGAACAUUUUAUGUGGACUUAGUGCUCAUUACCAAUGCAGUAUAUCCAAGGAAAGAAGUGGAUGGCUCUGUACAUUAUCAGAAGCUCCACUAAGUCUCCAAUACGUUUAUUACCGAGAGGAUUCAGCUUUGGAAAAUUUAUGUCCACUUAUUUAUUACAAUUGUUUUACAAUUUUUCAACAAACAUCAGUUUGUUUUAGGACCCUUGUGCAUCUGCUUUGGCGUGUGUUGUACGUCCUGUUGAAGAUGUUACAUUUCUGAUAGGUAUACGAAUUUCUGCAGCAGAGAAACACAUCAGAGUCAUGGCAUUGCAAUAUUCUUGUGUAAUUGUUGAAGACUGACAUGAGCACUGAACAAAAGACUGCGGUCUGCAUGUCCGUGUCUUUGUAAUUUAGUAAGAAACUUCUAUGACUGGUCUUGAUAAAUGUUGACUUCUCAGGGCUCGCUUGUCCUGCUUUUACAAGGUUUCCUAUAUUAGGUUUUAAAAAAUAUAGGGUGUUGGGAGUAAUAUUACACUAAAGUAAUAAUUCAAAGAAAGCAUGUUGGUGUAUGGAUCUAUGAUCAUUCUCUUUGUUGUCUGUGUACUUCUGCAAUUAAUACAAUUAAUUUGUAUUGGUUCUUGAAAAUAAUUAAUGAAUAAAGCAAAGACAGAAUCUGAUAAAAUUAAACAGAUAUUUUUAAUCCUUGUGCUGUUUU